GAACCGUCGGUGAUGUUGUGAACACAUGCUCGUUUCUGUGUGUUUCGGGAAGGUGUACGGAUUUUUUUGUUGUUGCGUGUUUGGCGUGUGGGACCUACUCCGGGAGAGUAGAAUGCUGGCGAAGGCAGCUUUCCCGGCUGUGGUGGUGAAGAUCCGGACUUUUGGAGUCUGGAGGAAUUUAGUGUAAAUAAACAGUUCGAAACGAAAUCUGCGCGACCUUAUAACGAGUGUGCGAGACGUCGUGAAGAACACGAAACUUGGGACGGAGCGCGAGGUGUGUAAAUAGUGCGCAAACUGCUGGGUAGAAGGUGGAGCGCGAGUGCGCGGGUGGCUGAAUUACAAAAGAAGGUUUUGGAUGUAGAAUUUUUUAGUAUCGAGCUAAAGCUGUGUGUUCGGUCACGGGAAUGGAAUGAAUGGGUGACAACACAUUCAAAGCGACGGCUGGAGAAUCUGGUGACAGAAUCGCGGGCGCUCGAGUGAAUUUCGGUGGUGAGGAAACGUCAGAAAAAAUUAACAUAUUCACACGCAAGCGGUUUUGUGUCAGGGCGCAACAGGUUUAAGCCAAAUUUAAGUCUCGAGGGUGACGAUUGAGCGAGCAGAGUGAGCGGGUGUUGGAGUUUUUCGGCCAAAAACGCUGCGCUGCGUGCUUGUGGCUGCGUACGUACACGGCAUCGACAGUGGAGUUGGGAACGGAGUUUGCGGUGAAGAAUAUCCAUGUGGAAGUGUGGACGACGACAACGAAGAAGGGAAGACGUGAAAAACGAGAUAAUAUCGCCGCAGUUCAUUUGCGCGGUGCCGAGCGCGAGGUGCGCGAGCGAUUUCUAAUGAAUUAAUGAUGUGGCUGAAGCUGUCCCAUGGUGGAUCGGGUUUUGUACGGUUUUGACAGCUAAUAUUUAUUAGAAAGCUGUCAAGUGGUGUCUGGUCAGCGGAGGUCAGCGGGGCCACGGAACCGGAGGAAAUCCGUGCAGUAAGCAAAUAGUAAAUAUUUGUGUUUGGGCAGCAAGUGGCAACAAUAGAGAGGGAGCGCUACAAAUGUGUGCCGUUGUGUAUCGCUAGGAAAACAAGUGCGCCCACAGAACCUGGGCACUGAAUGGGCGGAAAAUAGCAACAAACAAAUCGUUAUUGGCACAGGUGUUUGAAGUGUGUUACAUUAAUUAGAUUUCACAUUAUCGAUCGAUUUUGAGGCAAACAAGUUGAAAACAAAACGGAAAGGAGCCGCUCGAUAGAGAAGCAGAGCGGGCCCACCACACACGGCACUUGCUGGAAGGUGAAUGGGCCGACCAAGGAAACACGAAACAGUGGAUUAAUUUUUCUUGUUUCCUACGUUUCGACAACCGUUUGUGGCGAGGAACCUGUGUACGGUUUCUGUGAAUAAAUUUACGUGCCUAAACAGUGAUCGACCAAAAUGCGUGCACGGCUGGAGUGAACGAAAAAGUUUCAUUUUCGUUUAAUUUCGGUUAAGUGGAGUUUAAUUUUACUCUCGAUUGUGUAUUGUUUUUUCGUUUGUUUUGGUGAGAUUCCAUCGAAGAGCUUAAGCAGAAAAACGGCCAAAAAAUCAAAGUGAAGCCAUUUUUUGUGUGCGUGGUAUUUUUUGGCCUGAGUGAGCAAUCGGAAUUUCGGUUGAUGUGUUGUUUUGCCGUGCUUUUUGUUUUCACAACUCGUCGCAUACCUUGAAGAGAGUGAGCAGCCGGCAGCAACGAUGGGUAGCCGAAACGUGGAGUGUCGUAAAUUUUCACCAAACAUCUUCAACAAGAGCAAAUGCACGCACUGCUUCCGCCAGCGGGAGGAGCACAGCGCCGCGGCACUGGAAUGCAAUCGGGCGACGAGAAAGGUGUCAAAACGUGGAUAUUUAUUCGUGGCACCCGACUGGGACUUUAGCAAUCCACUCUACAGAACAAAGCGAUGGCAGCGGAGGUGGUUCGUCCUGUACGAUGAUGGAGAGCUCACAUAUUCGGUGGACGAGCACCCCGAAACAAUUCCCCAGGCCAUAAUCGACAUGACCAAGGUGCUGGAAGUAACCACCGCCGAGGAUGUCACCAGUCACCCGCACUCGAUUGCCAUCACGGCUCCAGAGCGGGUCACGUUCGUCAAAGGUACCUGCCCCGAGGAGACCAAGUGGUGGUUCAAUGUGCUAUCUGCCUUUCCAAAGUCAAAGGGCCGACAUAAACGGAAUGCAACAUUUCCUGGCGGUCAGGCAACAACAAUAUUACAGUCACAACCCCCGUCGGCCGGCCGGAAUCGACACAAUUCGUACCACAAAGACACGCUGCCGUCGCCGAUUGCCAAUCUGGAAGCGCUGGCGGCACCGUGCUCCUGGAGUCCCGUGGACAACCUCAGCGUCGCCUCCGAUGAGAACAAUCUCAAUGUAAAUAAUGAAAAUUCCUCCUCCGCCACCACGAUCAUCAGCAUCAGCACCUGCGGCAGCAACAACAACAUUAGCAAUAAUGGCAGCUGCAACGCGAACACCAAAGUGUACAGUGACCAGCCCGUCUCGUCCAAAUCGCCACCCACCAGAGACAAAUUGCAUCCCGAAAGCAAAGCUCAAACACGCUUCAGGAAUCGCAACCGCGCGUCACUGGAUGCAACCGACUCAGCAUCAAAGUGCUAUCUGUUGGAUGACGUACGGCGCGAAGAAAAGCUGAAGGACAUUGCCAACACGAUCACGAACGUGAACCGGUGGAGCUCGCCGUGCAUUACCGAUAGCCUGGUGGUGGCCCCGGAUGAGAAGCCCACCCGGGAUGAGAACACUGUCCCAGCGUACCAACAGGGUAGUGGUCCCAAGUCUCAGACAGGCCAGCUGUUGCGACCCCAAUCGUUGACGAUCCCGUCUACCGCCCCCGCCAUCGUGUCCGCGAUCGUGAAGAAAAUUCCAACCGGAAUCGGAAGCACCAAAUCGUCGGAACUGUCGACCACCUCCCCUAGUCCAAAGCUGAAGCCUAGUCAAACCCACGAACGAGGCGAUCCCGACGGAGACUGUGGCGUGGACGACGCCCCCGCCAGCUAUCUGUCGAAAAACUCCGAACUCAGGGUCAAUCUCCCGUCCGAGGAGCUGCUCAACUCGAAGAAGGGCUGGCUGAUGAAGCAGGACUCGCGCACGACCGAGUGGAGCAAGCACUGGUUUUCGCUCCGAGGGGCGGCCCUAUUCUACUACCGAGAUCCGGUGGCCGAGGAGAAGGGCGUUCUGGAUGGGGUGCUGGACGUCAACAGCAUUACCAGCAUUGCCGAAGUGCCAGUCAGUCGAAACUACGGAUUUCAGUUAACGACGUGGGACAACCGACGAAUCGUUCUGUCGACCGUGACCAUCAGCAUCAGGAACAAUUGGAUCAAUGUGCUCAAAACGGCAGCAGGAUUAUCGCAGACCAAAGCUACGCUAAACAACAACAACCUCGGACUGAACAAUCAAAACGACGAAAACUUCAAAAUGUUAACGGAUAAGCCACCCUUAGAGAUAGAGAUAAUCGACAGCGGAGGAGGAGGAGGCCAGAUGUCGGAAAAGCUCGGUAGCCAUAACAGUAACAACCCUGAUACCAAAAGAGUAGGAGGAGAAGACGUGGUCGAUGCAAGUCCCGUCCAGAAGAGCCAAGACGUGAUCGUUCAUCUGACCAAGUCGAACAGUUCCAGUGACGUAUUGAACAACAACAACAACAACAACCUGCCCCAAAAGUCGUCCAGUGCGGUUACGGUCACGACACCCGUUACGCCCAUUACGCCCAAGUCGAUGAUGUUCUCGUCGGACGAAGAGUAUCGAACGGCGUCCGAGGGAGGUCGCCGGGACAGCAUUGGCGACUGGGGCUCACCCAUCUCACCCUCACCUCCAGUAGUGCCACAUUCAGCGAUAGCUAGAACCAAAGAUAGAUUAAAGUCAUCCCACAACAGGCUGCACAAGCGAAGUCAAUCGUCGCCGCCCAGUUCACGGCGCAGCACCAUCGACAGCGUCCAGUCGGAGGAUCAACUGCUGCUGCACAUCAAUCCCGUCCAGGAAGAGGUUUGCAUCGACAAGGAGCUUCAGCUGCGGCUGCAGGCAGCGGAGAAGGAACUGUCCAUGCUGCGCGAGGAAACUCACGAGCGUGAGGCUCGGAUGUCGGAACUGCUGGCAACGCUGGAACGCACCGAGCAGGAGCUGACCAGGAAGCGCGAGCUGGAGGAGAAUCGCGAGAAGCUUAUGCUCCAACUGGACGAGAGUAGAAACAACGCCCAGGAAGUGAUCGAUAGGGUCACGGUGGAGCUGGACAAGAGUCGUGACACUGUCAAAGAGCUUGAGGAUCGACUGGCACGGGGGAUCGAGGAGAACGAAUCGCUGUACAAGAAGAUCCGAGAGUACGGAAUCUGCAGUCCAGCGUCAAGUUUGUGCAGUUUGAACACUCGAUCUGGUAAGAUGAAGCGGAUGGACUCGUUUAGUGAUCUGACCAGCUUGAACGAGGUGGACCCGAGUAUGCUGGACAAGGACAUGUUGACGGAUGAGUAUCAGGAGUUGCGAGCACGAUUCGAGAAGGCGGUUAGUGAGCUGAAAGCGAUGAAGCGGGAGCUGAAAGAAUCGCACAAGAUUUGUGAUGAUUUGGAAAUUUCGUACGCUAGUUUGAAGAACGAAACCGAACGACACCAGCGGGAACACGAAGCGCAAUCACGCAUGAUGGCCGACAGAAUACAGGACAUGACGAAUAAGUACACGAACGCCGAGAAGCAAGUGAGACUUCUGCGACAGAAGCUGGUGCGGAAUGAGAAGCGACGAUCGCUGUCGUUGAAGGGUAAAGAGUCGCUUACGAUCCAGAAGGAGCUCGAGGAGAAGGUGACUGAGCUGGAGAACAAGAUUGACGCGCUUGAGCAUGGCGUGACGCUGGUGGAUGCUGCAGUCUCCCCGACCGAUACCUCAGAGCUGAAGAGUGUGAAGCGCGCGUCGACUCGUCUGCGAAGGAAGAGUUUGGACAGCGCGACGAUAUCGGCACAGCCGAUGCAAGUUCUGCUGCGGCUAAACAAUCUGGAGAAGCGAGUUGACACGAUCAAGAGCACUUCCGGGGAAAGUCUGGCCAUUCCGGGGUCUAGCGAAAGUGUAAACAGUGCGGGCACGGUAAGCAGCAACGAGAGCUACAGCAGUGCAAGCUCAACCAAGUACACACCCACCAAUUUGAACCCAAAAGUAUCGGAACAUCUGAUGGAUCGCUUGAAGAGUCUGGAGGGCGUGGUGAUAUCGGUCCGCGAGCUAGUCAACCAAAGCAUGCACCAGUUCCAGAACCUCAAGUCGUCACGUUCGCGGCGAUCCGUUUCUCCGAUUGCCGACAAGAAGGAUUCGUUCAAGUUUGUGGAGCGGUGCUUGUCGGAAGUUUCGAAACUGCUGCGUGACAGCUGCGAUAACUGCGUGAUUCAGGACUGUUCGCUGAACAACAAUAUUGUCCUGCUGCCCGAGUCGAAUCCCAUAAAGUUGGCGCUCACGCAGAUGGAGGGUCAGCUGAAGAACAAGCUGAGCGAUUUGCUGAAGCAACGGCGAAUGUUGAGGGAGACGAACGGUCUCACGCAGAAGAAGGACAUGGAGUUGCUGGCGGAGAGGAUAGCUUUUGAAAGUGUGUGCUUUGGGAAACUGCGGAACGCGUUGGAACGAGCGGAGAACGCCCGAGAGUACGAGGAGAAACAAACCAAAGUUGAAGUGUCGGAAACGAUCCAGUUGAUGGCAAUGUUGAAGGCCAAGCUGGCGGGGAAAUGUGGGAUCAAGCCAAACAGUAGCGUGGAUGUGCUGGCCAGUGUCCUUGCGAGGAAGCUGAUGCUGUCGGCUGGGCGAACCAGCAACAUUCGAACGCUCAACUUCCCGCCAAUCAACACGAGCCUGCUGGAUGAUCUGCUACGACAGCAGAAUGAAGUGCACAUGAUCGCAAAGCGGUACAAAACUACGGUGAUGGAGAAUCUAGCGUACGGGCUGGCCGCGGAAACGCUCAGCUACAUUUCUUCCUCGAACGAUACGAUUCAGGGUGCCGUCCAGGAAGCUUGGCGACAGGCACAAGAAGCGGUCAAUGCCGAGUUGGUACAGUCGGAAAUCGCUCAUAUAAUGAUGCGAAGUGCGCAACGGUACGAGAACUCGCUAACCCCUGCCUUUGGAUACGCUCUGUCAACCAACGAACGAGUCACGUUUGAAAACUUUGCCGACGCCGUUCAGGAUAUGCUCCGGCGGGAGAUGGAACUAGCGGUCAACCAGCUAACGGAGUGCUACGAGGAGAGUUUGGCCAAGAUGAAGCGUGGCCAGUGGCGGUUGCACCUGGAACAGGAACGCAAACCCAGCGAAGGUCGUCAGCUGUUGGCGGAGUUUGCGGACAUUGUCGCACACAAGGCGCUGAUCGACGCACGCGUUCAGGUGCUGAAGGGAGACUACAUCCCGGCCAAGAUCAAGCUGAUCAACGAAGACGCCAACAGUUUUAGCGUUGUGGCGUUGAAAAAGUACGAGAGUUUGUACACCGAUCUCACUGCCGACCUGGAGAUUGCCAAUCCGGAUGACAUCCUCGCGGAAGCGGACUUUAACUUUAUGUAUAAAUACUUUGUGAACGAACAUGCCACCAACAAGGGUGACAUCAAGGAGAUAUCGAACAUCCUGAACGAACUGGAAAGAUCGGUUGUAUCGCUGCAGAACGCGAUGGUUCCGGACAACGUCCUGAUUGCGAGCACAAUCGACGCGGACAGCUUGCGCACCAUUCACGCCCGUUGUGUGGAGGUGCAGAAACGAAUCGAUUCUCUGAUUGAAACUGCCAAAACUCUCCAGCUGGAGUGUGACGAAUGCAGCAAGCUGCAGGAAUCGCUGCUUCAGCUGACCGACCGACACGAGUCGGACAUGGCUUCGCUGAAGCAGCAAAACGAACUCAAAGUCAAGCAGCUGACUUUGAAAAUCGAAGAACAAAAACAACUCGUGAAGAGUAUCGAAAGCGAGAAGAACGAACUGCAGGAGCGGCUGAGCAAUGACAAGAACGUGCUGAAGCUUCGGGAGAAGGAAUUCAACGAGCUGAACGCCAAGCUGCGUGACUAUGAAACCAUGUGCCAUGAGAAGGAUAGGGAAAUUGAAGAACUGUUGGAAACGUACGACGAGGAGCGCAAAAAGUCGAAGCUGUUGCGUGACAGGUACGAAGAGCUGUCAAACAAUCACCACAAAAACGCCGAAGAGUACGUCGAGCUGGAGAAGGAACGCGACUUUCUGUUCGAGCAGAUCAAGAAGGAAAAGGACCACGUAAAGCGGCUCGAGAAGCGGCUGGAAAUGCUGGAAGCGGAACACGCCCAACAGGUUGACAAUUUGCACGCGGCGUACCGCGAGCAGCAGAUGGCCAACGAAAUCGACUCGCAAAAGGACAAGGAAGACGAGGACAGUCUGCGGCAGCGCUACCAGGCGGAAAUCGAGCAGCUGAGGGCUCUGUGCGAGAAGGGACUCGCUGCGAUGGAAUCGUCGCACCGGCGGAUCAUCCAGGACCAGGAGGAGAAGCACCAGCACGAGAUUGCCCGACUGAUUGUGGAGAAGGAGCAAGCGCUCGCCGAAGAAACACAGGCAACUUUGGCAGCACUGGACGCAAUGCGCAAGGCCCACCAGAACGAAGUUCAACGCGAGGUUACGCGCUUCAAGCAAGAAUUCUUGCAACAGUUUCAAAAGGGAGGAACGUCACCGCUGACGUACAAGGAGAAAGAGCAAGAGCUGGAAGAGGUACGGCAGGAAAUUCUAUCCCUCUCGGAAAAGUACUCGAUGAAGUGCGUUGAAACGGCAUCGAUCGAGGAAAAGCUCAAGAUUGCGACGCAACAGCUCAAGUACUCCCAGCAGCACAUUCUGCAGCUUGAUGUCAGGAAUAAACAACUGCGGGCACACUUUGUAACGGGCGAACCCAGUGAAUCCACUUCGUCCAGCACGUUGUCCAAAGAAACGCAGCAUGAGCAAGCGAUCCCUUGUCAAGCAUCCGCAGGUGAUUCCACCGUGAUUCCUCCAUCACCAGUUCCGGCAGCGAUUUCGUCGUCAAGCAGCAGCAGCAUCUUGUCUUCUUCCUCGGGAUCAACUGCAGAAGCUCAGAGUGUCAGAGAAGUCCAUAUCAUUAACAAUAAGAAAGAAUCACAUCCUAGAUUGAACUAUUGCGAAGGAGCCAAACUAGGUGUCUCGCCCAUUCUUCCUACCUCCACCACGUCGACAGGCGCCGGCCUCACCGGCACCGAGCCACCCGGACAUUCUCCGAGCAUCAGCAACAACCGAGCCAAAGUUUUACCCUCCAAGCAACUGAACACGAUGGCGACGCCAUGUCUUUUGGGCUCCACCGUCGAGUCCACCACCGUCACAACUUCUCCUCCUGCCGCCGCAGGAUCUUAUCCCAUCCUAUCAUCGUGCAUCAGCAGUCUUUCGAAAUGCAACAGCAUCAGAAAUAGUAGCAACAACAAUAAUAAUAAUAAUAAUGAUACCGACAGCCUAACCGAGCUUAAGCCAGCAACAAUCAGCGCGAUGUGUUCGCCCCCUCUCUUGGAUGAGAAGGACGUUGAACAGAUACAUCGAUUCGAAUUGGAAAUUUGAAAAAAGAAAUGCUUCGCCACAAAAAUAAGAUGCAAAAAAUAAUCAUUAUUAUUAUUGACACCCAGACACAUAAACUCACAGAAAGUUUGGUUUAGUAGAAAAUCGCUUAUUAGUGUUGCACCUGGAAAGAAGUUGAUCAUGUUAUAGGACAAUCUUAACCGUAGGACCUUCUAACACCAGUUAUUUAUGCACAUACCACACGACUCACCGGAGAUCACUGCUUUUAUUUUAUUUUGAACCUUCACUGUACAUUUCUUUGAUUUUAACUCAAUCGUGAAUUGAAACUUAUUUUAUUGUUUUACUCCUGUACAGUAGAUCUAGCCCUUAAAACUAUUACUUUGUAUAAUAUAUAACAAAUCUAACAGUUAGAAAAAUUCAUCAUAGAAUCUAAGAAAAGAAAUGGAAAGAGCAUGUAAUUAAAAAAAAACACAUCAAAAAAGCGUUAAUCAGCUUGACCCCAGUUUUUGUUAUCCCUUUUUUUUGCUAACGAUCCCCUCUGACUAGACACGCCAUUUCGUCGUUUUGGACAUAUCAAAAUUUGACACCCGUCGUACUUUGUAGGCAAAACUGUGUGUAUGGAAUGUUAGUCAAUACUGUAGAGUUUAUUUUAUUUAAUAUAUACAUAUAAAUGCAUUAAAUUAGCUCCUUCACCACCCUCACCACCACAGAGUGCUCAACCACAUUUAAGCCACCCACAACCCAACCACCUCCCCUACCUUCAGUUGGUCUUGACCGUACUUCAAUAAAAUAAUAACUAAUUGUGGAAGAGAGAAAGAAGAAAAAAACAUACACUUUAAUUUCAACCCGUGGUUUUGUUACCUGUUUGAAACGUUUAUCCGAAACACAACAAUAUAAAUUAAAUGGGCUUGUUCUUGAUUAAA